UUUGGAGGAAGUAAACGGUGCUAUCUCAAUCGAAAACGCGAAGCUUGAUUCUGUUAUUGAAACUCACCGGGGGGAACAUAACGAGCUGACUCAACUCUCUUGAGUUAUCGUUUCACAAUCACAUCAGUUACGAGAGGAACAUAUUUUCAAAUCAGUUGCAGAAAAGGUUAAUUAGGAUGUAAAAAGAAAGGAACGAAAGACACUAUACCCUCAUUGAUACUAAGAUAAAAUAUCACAUACGUUUCUAAAAAUGGAGUACUUUUUCCACUAUGUGGUUUUUGUAGUGAUGACGCUUUUGCAUGAAGGUGUAUCAUUGCUGUGCUACGAGUGUGUGAGCACUAAAAAUCCAUCAUGUGGCAGGUACUUUGAUUCCACAUCGCACACACCAGUGAAUUGUGAAGAGCAGGAAGGGAGUAACAAGACAUACACAUGUGCUGCACAGAGACAAACAGAACACCAGUUUUCCAUCCUACGAGGCUGCUACCCCCUGAACCUAAUACCAGGUCUUAAUGACUCAAAUGGCUGCCGAAUGUUCAUGAACCCUAGCAACAACUACUCCGCACUUUACUGCUUCUGUAACACCGACAACUGUAAUGAUUCAUGGUCCAUACAUAAGGGGGUCUCGGGGGUCUACUCUUUACAUGGUCCAUUACUUCAUUUAGCCCUAUGUGCUACUUUUCUAUUUAUAUACAACAGAUUGAUAGUCAGAGAGAGUUGAUUCUCGUUUCCAGUGUGGUGUAAAUAUAAUGUACAAAUUGUAAUAUACAAAAAUAGAGGAACAGAUUGUUUAAGAUUACACCGGAAAUCUCCAUCUCAAAUGGUACAUUUUGGUACAAUUUUUCAUGUACUUUGCACCAUUAGCAGUACAGUUUGUGAUAUGGUACUGUUUAGUAAUUGUACUCAGUACUGUUGCAGAGUGGCAGGGUAGUGCAUGUAGGAUCAGUAGGAAAGAUGUACCAUAGCCUUCCUACAGACCCUAUAAAUGAACAUGUACUCAAUAAAAAAAGUAUCAAAGACAAAAUGUAAUUGUGCCAAUUAUGUUUUUAUCAAGAUCAUGAAAAUUAUGUAGUAAAUUGUAAUUGUGCAUGUGAAUGUGAUGAUUGUGUUGUUUUCAUGAU